AUGGCUCAACCUACCUCCUCUAACCCCAAGCCCCGUGGUCCAGCGACAGUGUUGAAGCCAUGUGCUGUCAAGAUUGGUGAAGAGUUCUUCGGUGGACAAAAGUUCGGCGUCUCAGAUAUCGAGACAAAGUUCACCACUCAGCGAACGGCGACCCUAGACCAGUAUUUGGGGCUCUUUAUCGACUUCCCUCUUGCCACUUCGAACGAGAUGAGGGAACUGCCAAGAUAG